GAUAGCUACACUGAGGACGACAUGGAGUUUAAGCAACAGGAUAUCCCUGACAUAUCCGUGCGACGCAAGACUCAGCGAGAGAGACAUCUCCCGGCUUACCUUGAUGAUUAUGAAGUUGAAUACCAACCCAAAUCAACUAUCUCAACUGAUAAGCCAACAGCAGGCACAGAGGCAGGGAUGGCUAUAGAUCAGCGCUCUGCCAAGCCGCGCUCGACCUCUUCACGGUCACAUGCCUCAGGUUCUCAAUGCAGCAAACCUAGAUCCCAGGCUAGCGGACACUCACCUUCUGGAGGCUCUAUCAUCGCAGGGCUAACUGAUUUGCAGACAGCGAUGUUGGAAGAGAAGAUGAAGGGCAUGGAGCUAGCAGAAUUGCAGCGGCAGAUGAUGGAAGAGAGUCUAGCUGAGGAACAGUGUUUAAUCUUGGAUGCUCAGGCCCGGGAAGCCCUCAGUAAGAAGGAAGAAUUAUACAUGCAGCAAGAAAGGCAGAGACGUCAAUUAGACGAAGAGGCACGUACUGCUCACGACACCAGAGAAUCUAUUACCAGACGUCUAUCAAUGCAGCGUCGACUCAAAGAGAAGGAGAUGGAGCUAAAGAAAGCUUCCCUCAUCGCUGCUUUCCUUCGUGAUCAAGAAGAUGGGUUGCCAUCAUCUAGAUCUCUAAAUAACUGUGAGUAUGAAUCAGGGCUUCAGGCUUGCAGCAGUGGUGUAAACUCUCAAGUGGAUCUGUCGGAGCAGCCAGCACAUAACACACAGGGACGUAAUAGCUAUGUGAAUGCUCUCCCACCUUCGAUCUUGCCAGUGGAUGCAUCAGUACCAGAUACACAGCCCUUACCUCCCACCAGCUCCUCGGCUGACCCUGAGCCAGUAUCUGAACCUCUCCAUGGGUGCCCAACACAGCAUAUCCAUCCUGCUAUGGCUACUCCCUCAGCUGGUCAUCAGUAUGGUCUGCAGCUAGGUGUAAAUCACCCCCCUACCACCUACUCAACUCCAGCUCUCCGACCUGCAGCAGAGGACAGCUCUAAUAUCCCUAGCAGACAAUCACAGCCUCCUGGAAAGGUGAAACAUCAGGGAUGGCCUCCUCCAGUGCCACACUCAACACCCAGUCAGUUCCUACUGCUUCCUAAUUUACAGUCCCGCCUGCGGGAUAAUGUCGGACCAACUGGCUGGAGGCCCACAGCGCCGUCUUCACAGUCAGAGACACCGUUGCCACCUAUUGACAGCAAGGGCAACAACUUAAUGGAACUGCUCAUUGCCAGCUCGUAUGGGAUCCCCAAGCCAGCACUACCUUCUUUCGCCAGUGGUAAGGAAAGUGAUUUUGCGCUUCUUAAAAUGGCUCUGGACAGUCUGCUCGGCAGCCAUACUCAUCUCACAGAGCAGUUCAAAUAUCAAAUCCUUCUGGAGCAGUUAAAACUACCAAGUGCUUACAAACUAGCACAGGCAUAUAUGCAUGAUCCCCUGCCAUAUACUACAGCGCUCCAGGCUCUCCAAGACAAAUAUGGUCAACCCCGCCAGCUCGUACAGAGUGAGCUUGGAUCGAUCCUGAACUCUCCCCAAAUCCGGGUGGGGGACCCAGAAGCCUUCGACAAUUUUGCUCUGGAUGUGCAGGCUUUAGUAGGUAUGCUUCGAUCACUGGAAGGUGAAAACGGCUACGAACUGCGAUGUGGCUCUCAUGUUGAUAAGUUACUGAGCAAGCUUCCAGCAAGCUACAGAGAUGGGUUUGUUGAGUACAGCCUCAGUCGUGGGAUACUGAGAACUGGAACUGACAAGACAUACACCCUGCCGGAUUUUUCGGCCUGGCUCCAAGUGAAAUCGCAGGCGAAGCGCAUAUCCAGUAGGGCAGCCGACAUGUUUCAGGACCAGACCAAACAAGGUCAGAAAGGCAGGAAAAGCCAAAGGUAUCCUUCCACUGUGUAUUACAACACAGACAACAGGAAGGGGGAUGGAGCCCAUCUGGAACCAGGUCAUCGGACAUCUCCCAUCAAAGGGAAGAUUAAGCCAAAACCUUAUUGUCCAUACUGUGACACACGUGAGCAUUACCUUAAUCUUUGUCCCAAAUUUAAGACACUGUCCACCACCCAAAUUGCAGAGUGGAUCAAAGAUAAAGGUUGUUGGCGUUGUGGACGGAAUCACGCACCAGAUGUGUGCACCCUGAAGGCACCCUGUAAAGUGUGCAAACAGCAACAUCUCACCGUGCUGCAUGAGGUUUGCCAACAGGAGCCCAGGAAAGUCCUGAUGGUUGGUACUGCCCCAGAUACGUCCACCAUCUACAUUGAUCACCCAAACCGUCCUCAUAAGGUCCUGCUAAAAGUUGUGAAGGUGUGUCUGUACAAUGCUGAGUAUUCAUUAGAGACCUUUGCUGUACUAGAUGACGGUUCUGAACGAUCCAUCAUCCUACCACCAGCUGUGCAGCACCUCAAUCUACAGAAGGAAGCCGAGACACUUCCACUAAGAACUGUUCGUCAGGAUGUGAUUCACCUGCAAGGGGCCUCAGUCUCCUUUGAGAUUUCUCCUGCCCAUGAUCCUAAAGUGAGAUACCACAUCCAUCAUGCCUUCACUGCUGACAAACUGGGCCUCUCUGAGCACAGUUAUCCAGUUAAGGCACUCAUGCAAAAAUAUGCGCACCUGCAGGGACUCCCACUUUCCCCUGUCGACAGGGUGCAGCCUUUAGUCCUUAUUGGCUCAGACUUCCCUCAUCUGCUUGUCCCAACCAAACCGGUACGGUCUGGUCCUCCUGGGGGUCCAUUGGCAGUUUGUACCCGCCUUGGAUGGGUUCUGCAGGGUCCAGCUAACUUAGCCCAGUUCGCUGUGGAAGAGCAACAGUGUCUCUUUACUGGGUCCCCAAGUAAUGAUCUCCUUCAACAUGUAGAACGAUUGUGGAAGGCGGAUGUACUCCCAUACACAAAUGUGAAGACCGCGACACGUUCUAAGGAAGAUCAGAAAGCACUUGAAGCUCUUGAGCAGCGCACAAUCAGAGUGCAGGUGGAGGGAGUGACCAGAUAUGCAACGCCCCUCCUCCGUCGCAAUGACAGUCCUCGCCUCUGGGCACCCAGGCUGGCCUUGCUACCACAGCUACGGAGUACUGAACGCCGCAUAGUGAGAGACCCAGGGCAGGCUGAAACCUAUUGUCAGGAAGUGCAUAAACUGGAGGUGGUAGGCUAUGUUGAGAAGCUAUCGCCUGAGAAGGUGGACUGUUCGAGCGAGUCAUGGUAUCUGCCCCACCAUGUAGUUCACCACAACAACAAGGCUAGACUUGUAUUCAACUGCUCAUACCAAUACAACGGGCUAAGCCUCAACAGCCAGUUGCUUCCAGGUCCAAUUCUGGGACCUUCACUGCUUGGAGUCCUCCUCCGCUUCAGGGAGCAUACUGUGGCCAUAAGUGGUGACAUCAAGGCAAUGUUCCACCAAAUUCGGUUGCUGCCCGAGGACAGACCUCUGCUCCGCUUCCUAUGGAGAUCUAUGAGGAAGGAUGAGGAGCCAAGCGUGUACGAGUGGCAGGUUCUGCCUUUUGGUACAACGUGCAGUCCUUGUUGUGCCACCUAUGCCCUCCAAAGACAUGUCAGGGACAACCGCCAGGGUAAUGAAGAUAUCUUGGACACGGUGGAGAGGGCCUUCUAUGUCGAUAACUGUUUGCAUAGUCUCCAAUUGGCAGAGGAGGCUAAGACACUUAUAGAUCGGAUGCGGGAGUUACUCGCUAAAGGGGGAUUUGAGAUUAGGCAAUGGGCCAGUAAUGUUCCGUCGGUGGUGGAGCACCUACCAAUGGAAGCCAGAGCAGCCAGCACCGAGCUUUGGCUCUCCCAGCACAACCAAGACCCAGAAGAACCAGCUCUGGGCCUUCGUUGGAACUGUCUCACUGACCGCCUUGGAUACAGGCAUCGACUUGUGGAGUACUCUCUGCCCACACUGAGAAAUGUUUACCGGGUGAUGGCAUCACAAUAUGAUCCUCUGGGCUUCCUCAUACCCUUCUCAACUCGAGCAAAGGUUCUAAUUCAGGAUCUUUGGAAGGCGGGAGUUGGAUGGGAUGAACAAAUCCAUCCUACGGCCCUCCUAGACCGAUGGACACAGUGGGAGAAGGAACUAGUGGACUUGCCACAGGUGGAAUUACCAAGAUGCUAUGUCCCACCAAGAGCAGACACAGGGAGACCAGGGAGAGAGGCUCACAUAUUUUGCGAUGCCUCCGAGAGAGCUUAUGGAGCCGUAGCCUAUCUGCGAACACAGGACUCCCAAGGCGACGUCCACGUGGCAUUCACGAUGGCGAGGUCAAGAGUGAGCCCCCGGAAACAGAUUUCUAUGCCACGUUUGGAGUUAUGUGCAGCUCUUGCCGGAGCCCAACUGGCUAAAGUACUCGAGACUGAGCUGGCAUUUCAACCUAGUGACAUCACCCUAUGGAGUGACUCAACAACAGUUUUGACCUGGCUCAAAUCCGAUUCAUGCCGCUAUAAGGUCUUUGUUGGUACCAGGAUUGCCGAAAUACAAGAUCUUACAGAGGUGUCACGUUGGAGAUAUGUCAACACCGAAGACAAUCCGGCUGAUGACCUCACGCGAGGGAAAACCCUUCUCGAGCUGAGUCAACCAAACCGUUGGACUCAGGGCCCACCUUUCCUCUUAACGAACCCUGAUACCUGGCCAACUCUCCAGGGAGGCGAAGGGCAAGAGGACAAUGGGGAGCUUAGGGCAACGGCAUUCUGUGGAACCACCACCACAUGCAGUCCACAGCUAACGGUGCCAAUGUCCAAUUUUGGCAAAUGGAGUGAAGCGGUUAAGGCUACCGAUCGGAUCCUUCAUGGGGCGGCUGCUGAUGAAGGAAACCAUGUCAUGACUGCGACAGAUGCAUCAGCUGCUGAGCUGCAUCUCCUGAAACAAGCUCAGAAUGAUAGCUUCCCCGAAGAAUUACAGGCCCUGGCUGCUGGUAAGGCAAUUCAUAAGCAGAGUCGCCUGCUAACACUUGCUCCGGAGUAUGACCCGGCUAUUGGGCUGAUAAGAGUGGGGGGAAGACUCAGAAGAGCAGAAGGUCUGGACUUGGAUGCCAUGCACCCCAUAGUCCUUGACCCGCAGCAUCCGGUGGCUAAACUGCUGAUCAGAGAUUAUGAUGAGCAGCUGUUGCACCCUGGGCCAGAACGAGUGUUCGGGGAGAUGAGGAGAAAAUAUUGGAUUCUCCGAGGAAGGGAGGCAAUCAAGCGGCACCAGCACAGCUGUGGUGAGUGUCGAAGGUGGCGAGCCAGUCCUGAUGUUCCUCGGAUGGCAGAUCUACCCCCUGCGAGGCUGCGCCUAUACAAACCGCCCUUUUGGUCCACUGGAGUUGACUGCUUCGGUCCUUACAACGUCAAAGUAGGACGGCGCACUGAAAAGCGUUGGGGUAUCAUAUUCAAAUGCAUGACUACGAGCUGUGUGCAUCUUGACCUAUUGGACAGCAUAGAUACAGAUGCCUUUCUCAUGGCUCUGCGUCGCUUUAUUGCACGCCGGGGCAAGCCCUAUGAGAUUCUAUCCGACUGUGGCACCAACUUCAGGGGAGGAGAGAGCGAACUGCGGGCUAGUUUCUCAGCUCUUGAAGCCCCCAUUAAAGAGCAGCUGGCGGAGCAGAAGAUUGAGUUCCGGUUUAAUCCACCAGGUUCCCCCCAUUUUGGAGGUACUUGGGAACGGGAGAUAAGAUCUGUGAAGACAGCUCUUCAAGUGGUGUUGGGUGGCAAUACGGUCACAGAGGCAGUUUUGCAAACUGUGCUGAUCGAGGUGGAAGGGAUCAUUAAUGCAAAGCCUCUAGGGUAUGUCUCUUCGGAUGUCGCGGAUCCGGAUCCGGUCACACCCAACUUACUGCUAAUGGGGCGACGGGAUGCAUCACUCCCCCAGGUGAUUUAUGCUUCGAGUGAGAUGCUGGGAAGACGGCGAUGGCGUCAUAGUCAGAUUCUGGCGGACCACUUUUGGUCCAACUUCCUGCGUCACCAUCUGCCGGAUCUUCAGAGGAGACAAAGAUGGCAGGGAGAAACUGGCAACUUAGCCACAGGACAAGUGGUUAUGGUGGUUGACUCACAACUACCGCGAGCGCAGUGGCCUAUCGGAAAGGUGGUCAAGGUCUGUCCAGGGCCAGACGGUCGGGUGAGAGCAGCUGAGGUGACAAUCAAGGGACAGACAUAUCUUCGACCAGUUGCCAGAUUAGUCAGACUCUCAGCCUGGGACGAUGAUGAGGACUGUAAACUCAAUGAUGCUUAGACUUUCGGUUGAAGAGCAAAUUUA